CUCUAGUAUCUCGUUGCACUGAGCACUGAACACUUAGGCAAAACAUCCGGGCAUCCUCAAAAAUUUAAUUCGUAACUUUCGGUAACUUUCGGUUUCAUUUACCCGGAAACGAGCACCCGCUGAGGACCAAACCAGGCUGCCUUCUCUGUGCUCUGAGUGUUUAACAGAGAUGAAGAGGUUCCUACCGUGUGCAUGGGAGCAAAACAGCAACCUUUUCUUUUGAUCUAAGGUGCUUUUAUUUCUUUUAAGAAGUAUUUUAGAAGUGUAAACUUGAAAAGUCUUGGAGAUGGUGGGUGAAAGAUCUUUAAGAUCAAGAGAAAAAGAAGUAAAACUAGAAGGAAGUUCGCCCAGAAGACUCAGACAGAGAGGAGAGCAAGUUAGAUAUGAUAUAUUUUAUUGCAAACAACAAAAAGACGAGGAAAAUAACUAUGAUGAUGAUCAUGACGAGGAGGCAGAGGAGAAAAGAUACAACCAGAUCUCUCCAGAAAAAGUACUGUGGCGUGUGACUUGUGGAACCAAAAAAGGCAUUCUGAAUAAAAGAAGGCUGCGAAGAGGUGAGUUGUGCAUCAUGUACAACGGCAAAUGGAUUUCUCCGACUGACUUUGAGGCUUAUGGAGGAAGAAGUUCUGCCAAAAAAUGGAAAUACAGCAUCCACCACGACAACAAGCCGCUGGAGUUUUUCUUUAGGACAGGCCAUCUAUGUACUGGGGGUUUUAAAUUCAAGAAAACUCAUCUGACAAAGGAUAAAGUCUUGGCAUUGUCUGAAGAAGACUCCGAAGCUCACUCUUCAGCUGAUAAUGAGGAAAACAGAUGGGACUCUAGUGCGGUGACGGAUGAGGAAGACGUGAUGGAGGACGGAAGAGAAGCAGAGAAGAGUGAAGUAAAAGAAAGUGAAAGAAAUGAAAUAGAUCAUGAGGACUCAACAGCUUCAGUGGAAAUCUCUAAAGACCAACCUGCCUUAAAAGAAAUGCAUCCAAGUAUUUCAGCAAAAAUCCCACCAACUUCAGCUUAUCCAGUGGUGGCCAUUGAAAGGCUUCCUGGCUGUUGGAAUGUUGGCGAGUCUCAAGUUCUGUCAGACGAGGAAAGUGAUUCUGUAAUAGAGGUCACAGAGGACAGCAGCUCUGAAGAGGAUGACUCGGACGUCACAAGGGUCUCAACGCCAUCGCUGCCGUUUGAGCGUGUUGCUGUUGGAGAAAAUAAAGAGAGGCUUGCCCAAAGUGGUGAAAUGCUUGAACAGACGAGCGCUAAAAGCACUGUAGAUAAAGGCAUCCGCGAAGACUUGAAGAGUUCCACCAAACUCAAUCCCUAUGUCACUACAGACUGUUCAGCUGAAUCUCUACGUGAACACAAUCACCAUGCCCCCAAGUUACAGGAUGGAUUGCCAAACUCUGUAGCGUCUCAAAGCAGCCGAAUCUCGCACUGCACCCACUCCGCAUCGCCACGUACCUCAACCCCCGCCAACGUGGACAAAAUGGACCUGGAUCAGCUGAAGAGAGAAAAGCUCAAGAGGCAGCUUAAAGUUCUACAGUUACAGGAGGAAUAUUACACUUUGAAACUCAACAAGUUGAAAGGAAAAUAAUCAAAGAAAUGACUGCACAUAUGCAGCAUCAAGAAAAUGCAAACCUUGCUUUAGGAUUUCAUUAUGUUUGUUACACAGGGAAAAAAGUUAUUUUUAUAAGUCACGUGACCGAGCAUUACAACUAAAAUCUAACUGUGCAGGAAAGACAUCAGCUGAUUGUAGGAAAUUUGAUAUGUUCCAAAACAACUCCAGUUCUUGAAUUUUUGUGUUUUCAGUCUGUACUUUUGAACCAAAUAAAGAGGAUUUUUUAAAUGUG